AUGAAUAUCGAUGUGAAGGAUGAUUUUAUUCAGAGCAGGCAUGGUCACAAACUUUUCUGCAAGUACUGGAAGCCUUUUCAGAAGAACGAAGAGAAACCGAAGCAUUUAGUGUUCAUAGCACAUGGAGCGUCAGAGCACUGCCAAACAUUUGAUGAGAUCGCAAUCAAACUGGCUCAAAACAACAAUUUCGUAUUUGCUCAUGAUCACGGUAGAGUUUCACGCCUAAAAUCUGCAAUAAUUAAUACAGCUGGACACGGUAAAAGUGAGGGCCAACGAGUGUACAUUGAAGACUUUAACAUUUUUGUCGAUGACAUCAUUGACCACAUUGAGAAAAUCAAGAAGGAGUACAGUGACAUUCCCUGCUUCAUCAUAGGAUACUCCAUGGGAGGGUCGAUGACCAUUCUGACGACACUGAGAAUUCCUCAGCUCAUCAGCGGGAUCGUCUUAAUCGCCCCAGCUAUCAUCAUCAACAAUUUUGCUCCCAAGUUAACGAUGCUUUGGUAUCAGCUGGUAUCCGUUGUAUAUCCGCAAGCGUAUGUCGUGGACAUCAAACCGGAAGACAUGGUGAAAGACGAGGAGGAAAUUGAAAAAUACAAAAAAGAUGACUUGAUUUGGACUGGAAAACUUACAGCUGGGUUGAUGAAAUGUGUGGCUAAGGCAUGCGGUGAGAUCAACAGCAGAAUGAAGGAAGUGAAAAUUGCCUUCCUCCUAAUGCACGGGACCAGUGACAAGAUAUGCAGCAUCGAGGGGUCGCAAAUGUUUUUUGAAACUGCUUCUUCUGAAGAUAAAACUUUCAAAAAAUAUGAAGACGGAUACCACCAGCUGUUCACUGAGCCGAACGGUGCGGUCGAUGAUUUUAUUGAAUGGAUCAACAAGAGAUAA